AUGGGGCAACAGGUCAAGUGGCCUCAGAAGAUGAAAGCACUCGACUCUUUCCGGAACCCUGGUUUCUGGUGCCAAUUCCACCGAGACCACGGUCACAAAACGGAGGACUGCAUCGCACUAAAGAUCGAGGUCAACGAGCUGCUUAAGAAAGGACACCUUAGGGAGUUCCUUUCUGGGAAGGCCAAGAGCCAUCUAAGACAGGAGACAACGGGACCGAGUGAUCCAUGUCAUAUCGGGCGGUUCGGAAAUCAGCGGCAUAAGCCAUCCAGCCGCGAAGAAAAGCACCGGAACGCUAAGCACGGCCUAGAGGCAGCCAAGCCAAAAUGCCUGCUCCUAGGAACGGACGAAAUAAGCUUAACGGCCAAGGAGCAGGAGAAAGUUCUCACCCCGCAUCACGACGCCCUGGUCAUAUCGCUCACCGUAGCGAACUGCCUGGUAAAAAGGAUACUGGUAGGUAAUGAAAGCUCCAGCAACAUCAUCUUCCAGGCCGCAUACAAGGACCUGGGGCUGGAGGAAAGCGCUCUAACUCGGAGGAUAACCCCCCUUAUAGGGUUCAGCGGGGAAGUCAAACAAACCGCCGGGGAAGUAACCCUCCCUGUAUGCGCUGAAGGAGUCAACAUGUCAACCAAGUUCCUCAUUGUAGAUUGGGACUCGUCUUACAACAUGAUCCUAGGACGGCCUUGGAUUCACGACAUGGGGGCCGUCCCCUCGACUCUUCACCAAAUGGUGAAAUUCCCUACACCCUGGGGCAUAAAGGCAAUCAGAGGGGAUCAGGAGUAG